AUGCUUCUCGCGCGCCUCGGGCGUGCGUCGUCUUCUUCCUGCCGUGCGCUCGGGGCGCGCGGCGGUUUUCUGCCCGCCGUGUGCCUCGGGGCGCACGGCGGUUUCCUAUCGUGGGGGACCCGCGCGCGCCCCCGCCCUGUCCGUCGCGUCGCCCUAGGGGACCCGCGCGCUGCCCCCGCUGCCCCGUCGGUGGUCGCGUCGCCCCGCCACCCCGUCGCGCCGCCCUGGGGAGCCGCGCGCGACCCCCCGCUGCCCCGUCGACAGUCGCGUCGACCAGCUGGAGCCGCGCGCGGCUCCCGAUUCCCCGUUGCGCCGUCCAAGGGAGCCGCGCGCGACCCCCCGCUGCCCCUUCGCGGCGCCCUGGGGAGCCGCGCGCGGCCCCUCGCUGCCCCGUGGUGGCGCCCUGGGGGCCGCGCGCCGUCCCCCUCGCCGUCCCCCGCGCUCCUUCCCCCGUUCCGCCCGUUUUAG